AUGCCUGAUAGAGAUGUCUUAAGGGCUGGGAAUAGAAGUGGUGGACAAUCUAUUUCUCACAGGCACAACACCGAGUCGGCCAUCAACGCGGAUCAGCCCCUCUCUGAAUUUCUCCCAUUAUCUGAUUAUCAGCCUACCCUGCUAUUGGAAUCCCCCUGCAAUGAAGCUGAUAUUACUCACACUCUUCCUCUGCCUUCCCUAAUCCUUGUUCCAUCUCCCAACUGGGUGACUGCUUUUCCUCGGUUUCACAUCGAGCAUCUUCCUAGACUCAACUGUGACCAUGCGUCGUUGCGCCUCGUCUUCCCUUCCCAAGAUCCCCCAAAGGCCGGGCCUUUCAAAUUCCUCAGAAUGUGGACACUGCAUGACUCUUUCAGUCAGCUUAAUCAGAAGGCUUGGUCGGGAGAAUGCUCCCCUCAGUCGAUGAUCGAUAUCCAGCUCAAGUUGAAAAAAACAAAACAGCUGUUAAAAGUGUUGAACAAGGAAACUUUCAGCAAUUUUUUCUUCCUCAUCCAAAAAGUUGAAGAGGAGCUCGACAGGCUCGACUGCAGUAAGCAAUCUGACCCUUCUAAAGAUCUGUCCCACCGGUACAUUGAUGCUAAACAAAACCUCAGCCAUCUUCACCUCAUGCAGGUCUUCUGGAAACAAAAAUCCAGGAACUCUUGGCUUCUUGAAGGAGACAGAAACACCAAAUUUUUUCACUCGUUGGCAAAUGAAAGAGUCAGAAGGGCUUCCAUUACCUCGAUUAAGAAUGCGGCUGGGGAAACGGUCUCUUCUAGCCAGGAUAUUAAAGCUGAAGUGGUCAGGUUUUUUGAGGAUAUUUUUCAGGCUGAAUCCACCUCCUUCAACGCUAAUUUCAUUCAAGCUAUUCCCCGGGUUAUCAACCACAUAGAUAAUGCCUCUUUAUUAUCCCCUCCUUCGAUAGAGGAGGUUAAAGCGGCGGCACUCUCUAUGCCUAGAGAUGGGGCUGCAGGUCCCAAUGGCUUCUCGGCCGCCUUCUAUGCUUCAUAUUGGGACAUUGUUAGAAGCGACAUUCUCAAAGCGGUGAGGGCCCUCUUAGAGGGGUCCGCUCUCCCAAGAUCUUUCACUUCAAAUCUUAUCUGCCUUAUCCCCAAGACCCCUUCAGUGACUUCCUUUUCGAAUUUUCGUCCUAUAAGCCUGUGUAACGUUAUUUAUAAAAAAAAAUUUGCUAAGCUUUUAGCUAACAGAUUAGGUUUGCUUUUACCUAAGAUGAUUUCGCAGGAACAAGGAGUGUUUAUUCAAGGGAGAUCGAUUGUAGAGCAUAUCGCUCUAGCCCAUGAGAUGAUUCGGGAUAUAAAUAGAAAAGUUCGGGGAGGCAAUCUCAUUCUCAAACUCAACCUCGAGAAAGCCUACAACAGGGUGAAUUGGGAUUAUCUUAAACAAGUUCUCCUCAAAUUCAGUUUCAACCAAAGAUGGGUUCAGCUCAUGGAGAGUUGUUGGGGGAACAAUUGGUUCUCUAUCCUUAUCAACGGGGAACCGGCAGGCUUCUUCAAAUCCAACAAGGGAUUGAGGCAAGGGGACCCACUCUCCCCCGCCCUUUUUCUCAUUGUGAUGGAAUCCUUCUCAGCAAAUCUAAAGCUUAUGAUUGCAAGUGGCGGAUUUCAGCAGUUUUCUAGGCACAGGGGUUGUCCCGUCUCCUCUCAUUUGCUCUUCGUCGAUGAUAUUCUUCUAUUCACUAACGGUAGAAGGGAUUCCCUCCUGCAUCUCAACAACUCUCUAGCUCUAUUCCAAAUCAAAGCUUUGGCGUUUCAGUUUUUGGUGGACAAGGUUGACAGGAAGACUUCUGGGUGGGCUGGUAGACUGAUUUCUCAAGCAGGCAGAGUCACACUUGUUUGUCAUGUUUUGAGCAGUAUUCUCAUCCACAUCCUAUCAGCAAUGCACACCUCUCACCCGUGCUUCUGGCCGCUCGAAGUUACUGGUAACUUCUCUGUUCAAUCAGCUAAGAAAUUGCUGAGACCUCCAGGCCUACCCCUGAUUUGGCCUUCUUGGAUAUGGCUCGGCCAUCUCCCCCCAAAGAUCUCCAUUUUCUUAUGGAGAACUCUUCAAAAUGCGAUACUUGUUGACAGCUACGUCCAAGCCAUAGGCGUGGCCAUUGCCUCCAAAUGUAGAUGUUAUCUUGAAGAUUUGAAUCCCUCCCCUCAACUGGAAUCCAUCUCUCAUCUCUUUCUUUUUAGUCGCCAUGCUCAAGCUCUUUUGGCUUCUUUCAAUCAACUGUGUGGUGUCCCUCCUCUUCUCCACAGCUCAAUUGUAGCCUACGGGGUUGGUUCAAAUAACAUGGCGAAACUCCGCGCUAUUCAUGACGGGAUGACGCUCUGUUUGGAAAAAGGAUUGGACAGGGAGUUAAUCAAAGAGACUGUUGUAGCAGCAACAUCAUUGAAAGAUAGUUCUCUGGUCAAGUUACUCAAAGAUGAAGUCGUCACAGCUGUUACUGUGAUAGGUUUUGAUGAAAAGAGAAUUUUAUCCUCCCUAUUGAAGCAUCCGUUCGACACUACUUGCUGA